ACAUCGUUCUCCGUCAUGGCAAAUCGUCUGAUUAUUGCGAUCAAAUUUCUGACAGAUUCAAUACGUGCACGACGGCAGCGAAACCACAGAGGACAGUAUGAUCCUGGAAGUGACACUGGUGCCAGGAACCGGUUACACGUUGCCUGGCUACCUUCAAGGACGACUAAGGUUUCCGCUUCACGUCAACGUGACGCCCGUUAAUGAUCCGCCAUUGCUCGACAUAUCGACCGCGAAAGUGCUGCGUCUGGCUCAAGGCACGAGGAAAAUUUUGACGAAAGAGUUGAUAUGGGCUAUCGACGCCGACACGCCAUCGGACAUGUUGGUUUACACGGUCUUGCAUACCGGACGGUCUUACGAUGCAGACGCCGGCUACGUCGAGAGGGUGACUUACCCGUCGCGGCCCAUCGACACGUUUACCCAGGCGGAAUUAAUGCAAGGAUUAAUUGCCUACGUGCACCGUGGAAACGCGAAGCCGAACGCGAAACUGGACCUCCAGGUCAGCGACGGGAUAGAAAGGAGCAAGCCGGCGAGCUUGAGGGUGGCGGCCCAUCCCUUGGAGAUCAAGCUAAUGCACAACACGGGUCUGGUCGUAGUGCACCGAUCCUUCUCGUAUCUGACGCCUGCGAACCUAUCCUUCGCCACCAACUCCGACGACAACACUAUCGACAUAUGUUACGACGUCGUCUCGCCGCCCCAAUACGGCGCUAUUCAGAAGCUGAAGGACGUCUCCGGCAGCUGGACGAACGUGGAUCGUUUCACGAGCAAGGACGUAGAGCUGAACACCGUUCGCUACCUCCACAACGAGGGUAGCCCCAAUCAGGACGAGUUCAAAUUUCAAGUAAGCGUCAGGGAAGUCAGGGCAUCGCACACCUACGACUUUCGUGUCACCUUCAUCGAUCUCGAGCUGAAGCAAACCAAGAAGGUGCCCGUUAAUUUCACCAACGUCGCCGAGGUGGCAGUCACCGGACAAAACCUCAGAUACCAAACGAACCCGCUGGUGACCGCGUUCAACAAGAUCGUCUUCACCGUGAAGACGGGGCCACGGUACGGUAACCUGUUCCUGUCGAGUCAGAAACUGAACGUCGGGGACCAGUUCACUCAGGAAGACGUCGACUCCGGCAGGCUCAAGUAUCGUCUGUUCAAAAGGGCCUAUUCAACGAUCGUCGACGAGUUCGGUUUCAAAGUGAGCGCGCCGCAGUGCGUCGAUUUGCACACAAGCCUAAGGCUCAGGCACUACCUCAGCAAGAACGUGAAGCCAUUGGACAGUUUGGAGGUGCUCCAAGUGGACGAAGGCUCGAGGGAACUGGUGAGAAUUCAAAAGACGAAUCUAAAGGACUACGGGGUCGCUUCGUUGAUGUACAAUCUGACGAUGGAGCCUCGCCACGGCUGGUUGACCGUCACGAACAACUCAAAGGCUCACACGCGAAACGACACCCUCUACUUUUCGUCCGAGGAGCUGGCCUCGCACAGGGUCUACUACGUUCACGACGACUCGGAGACGCGGAAGGAUUCGUUCCAGUUCGUGGCCGUGGCCGUGGACGCUGUAGACUUCAUGUACGUCGGUAUAUUUCGCGUCGAGGUGACGAUGAAGAACGACAACGCGCCGGAACGCGUGGUGAAUAGGGUGUUCCACGUUGUAUCGAGAGGCGAGAGGUUGCUCACCAGCAAGGACCUGGCGUACAUGGACAAGGACGUCGACACCAAGCCCAGCGAGCUGAUCUACACGAGACGGGACACUCAGAGGUACGAGAUCUACAGGUUGUCCAAUCCCUCGGUGCAGAUCCACGAGUUCAGUCAGCAGGACAUCGAUGACGGACAGAUACUGUUCAAGCACCAGGGCGAGGAUCACGGCAAGUUCGAGUUCGGCGUCACCGAUGGACACUUUUACACGGCUGGCGUCCUAGAGGUUCAGGCCAGUUCGCCUUACGUGAGGCUGAAGGAGAGCAAUGGGUCCGUGGUGCAGUUCAAUCGAUCGGUGACCCUCGGCCCGGACGAGCUGGACAUAGAAACGAACGUGUACACGUCUGAGAAGAACAUCAAGUACGUGGUGCUGGAGAAACCGAAACACGGGAUACUACUUAAACACGGCAACGAAGCGAACACCUUCACCGAGGAGGACCUGCGACACGGUAUAAUGGCGUACAAACACCUGGGUGGGUCGUUGGUGAAGGACGACUUCAAGUUCAAGGUGUCGACGAAAGGCGCCGAAACGGACGGCGUCUUUCCGAUCAAGAUCUACCCUGAAAGCUACUGGCAACCACUGAUCGUUCAGAAUAAUAAGACGGUGUUCGUAGAAGAGGCGACGAGCGUCCUGUUGAACAGAAAGAGCUUCGAAAUCAUGCAUCCCAAGAUACCAGACUCCGAAAUAGUUUACUUCCUGAAGGAGUGGCCGCAGAACGGGUACUUGGAGCUGCAGACUCACGACGAGCACAGCGACGAAACUCGAGAGGACUACAUUGGUAACGCAGUCAAGUCGUUCGACCAGAAGAUGGUGAACGAGGGGAGAGUUUUCUACGUGCAGUCGGUGAUAAACCAGACCAACGACAAGUUCGUCGUCGACGCGACGAACGGGAUAACGUGGCUGCGCGACCUGAGCGUGAACUUCGUGAUCGUCCCAGAGAAGCUGUACGUCGAGGCGAAAGGUCUCGUCGUGGUCGAAGGGAAGAGUGCCACGCUACACGAGAAGAACUUCUCGAUCCUCACUCCCUACUACUCUGGCAAGGUGACGGACUAUCGGAUCACCGAGAAACCGAGGCACGGUACCGUUCUAGAUGCAACGAAGAACGCUCCAGUGAAGAAGUUCUCGCAGAAACACCUAACCGCGAACAUAAUAUCGUACAAGCAUAACGGCGACGAGACCUCCAAAGACUCGUUCAAGAUGGUCCUUGUCGCGGGGGACAAAGCCAGCGAGCCCUUCGACGUUUGGGUGACGGUGGAACCCGUUAACGACGAGCUGUCUGUGCUGGUCAACAGGACAAAAUUAACGGUCUGGCAGGGUGGUUCGAUCGUCUUGACCCCAGAUAGUCUGGCAGCCGUUGAUAACGACACGACAGCGCGGGAGUUGACGUUCAACGUCACCGGAGUUAGAAACGGAUUUAUAUCAACCACGUCCUCUCCGGAGGUGGACGUUUACAAUUUCACCCAGGAACAGAUUGACCAGUCGAAGAUCAUUUUCACACACACGAAUGGAUCCGAUGCUGAGUUCAAUUUCGUUCUAAACGACGGGGUGCAUACGUCCGAGCCUUACACGAUAUCGGUAGCCACCAAGCCGAUUCGAUUGUCCAUCGAACACAACGCCGCGUUGAACGUCUUCCCGCUAACUAGAAAACUGAUAUCGGAUAAGUUGUUGAUGACCAAGUGCUCGGACCAAGCGCGAGAAAUUAAGUACACGGUGCGCAACGGGCCGCAUCUAGGAAAAAUAAUCAUGGAGACGAGCGAGGGCGCGUGGCUGAAUGUCGACCGAUUCUCCCAACGAGAUAUCAACGGGAGCAAAGUAUUCUACGAGCACACUAAACAGUUCAUGGACUUGGCCGCCAACGAUUCGUUCACGUUCGACGUGGAAGCGCACUUCGCGGAAUCCUUGACCAACCAGGUGUUUCAGAUAGACAUCUCCGUGUCCAGUGGCGGUCUCGACAGGUACAUCUCCGCGAAGAACGUGAGAGUCGAGGAAGGAGGCUCCGCUCAAGUGAUCAUGAACAUCAGUGGAAUCGUGUCGUUCCUCCAAACCCACGCUGGCAUCGAGAACCCGGCCGUGCUCUCGAGACUGGUCAGCCAACCCAGUCACGGUCACGUAAUGAUCGUUCCAGACUUGAACGUGACCACGUUCUCUCAGCCUCAGAUCGAGGGUGGAAAGAUCGCGUAUUACCACGAUCACUCGGAUACUUUGGAAGAUCGUAUCUACUUCUCCCUUUACCUGACGCCUGGUCAUAUCCUCCUGUGCAACACCAGCGUGUCGGUGAUCGUCGAGCCUGUAAACGACGAGCCAUUCAAGCUGACCACGAAGGAUCCGUCCAUCACGGUGGUGCAGAAUCAGAAUCAAACGAUAGCGAGGGAAAAUCUGUUGACGAACGACCCUGACACUCCACCGGAAGAGAUAGUGUACGACGUGAUAUCGGGGCCUACUUACGGCCGUCUGUUACUGCUGCCCUUCAACGAGAACAUCUCGGAGGUGCGUCAAGUGAACAAGUUCACUCAGCACGACGUCGACUCGAACCGACUGGUGUACGAGCACAACGGACCCCUUCAGACAGCCUCGUUCUACUUCCGCGUAUGGGACGGUCGUUUCAACCCGACGUACAAGGUCUUCAACGUCUACGUUUUACCGAUCAGGUUGAACGUCACCGUUCCCGGGCCGGUGAACUUGCAGCAAGGCUCGAACGUCGCACUGAUAUCCGAGAGCACCGUGAAUCUCGACACGAACGCCAGACAGGACCUGGUAGUCUACGAAAUCACUAGCAAGCCAAAGUACGGUGUGCUGUACGUGAGGGACGGGGCGUCCGCCAGUUUCAAGCAGACCGACCUGUUGUCCAAGAGCGUGAUGUUCAUGCAAACGGACAUGACCGUGUCGAACGACAGCCUCGAGCUCACCGCCCGGUUGAGCGGGUUCGAGCAAAAGCACAUAAGAAUCGAGAUCAGAGUGGUGCCGCUGAUGAUCAUGAACCCCAUGAUCGCUUUAGCCGGGGAGAAGACUCGAAUAACUCUGAAGCACAUGGACGCCACACCGCUGGCGAAGCUGACCAACAGCAACCCCGUGUACACCGUCGCCAGGAAACCGAGGUUCGGCAGGGUGAAGAGGAUCAUCAGAAGCUCGUCGUCGUCUGGCGAGAAACGGGGAACCAGGGAGAAGGAGGUGGUCAGGUUCUCCCAUCAGGAAGUGGUUUCAGGUGUGAUCUACAUGGUGUGCAAAAAAAUUUCGACGUUGGAGUACGAAGGCGUCGUCGACAGUUUCGCGUUCGUCCUGGCUGCCUCGAUCUUCCAGCCAGCCGUGGGCGAAUUCGAGUUCCGCGUGAAACUGGACAUGGACGAGAACAACACCACUUUGGGGGGCCCGAUGGACCCCGUGGGUCACGAGGGUGAAAUGGCGAUCGCGCCGAACAUGAGCAACGACUACUUGCCGCUUCUCGGUAUGCUUCUCGGCGUGUUCCUGCUCGGGGUGCUCGUGAUCGUCACCAUCAGGUGCAGGCACAACAGGUACAAGCACGCCGAGGAGGAGAAACCGGAAACCACGCCAGCGGUAGGCGUGAUGCCUCUUCCUAGACCACCUGAUCACUUGAUGCCAGCGACACCUCAUUUGAAACGCUUCGCGAACGAUCACAACAGCGUGGCCGCUAGUACACCGUUGCCCGUGUUACCUACGAUGACGUCGACCCUACCUCAAUGCAAAGUGAUACCUCUGAGCCCUCUGGAAAGCAUCACGGGCUCGGAAGUGGACGUUUCGGCCAGGUAUCCUUACGGCGUCGCGGACGGCGACGAAUGGAGCAGCUUCGACACGUCGGCGGAUCUACCCUGCCAGUCAGCCACCGCCCAGAGGGCCAACAAUCCCAUGCUGAGAAGAAACCAAUACUGGGUCUAGCAG